AAAUACUAGGCAUUUCUUAUGCAUUACAAGUGCUUGGAGCAUCCUCGAAAAUCAAUGACUUGAUAGAGUUGAAGUCUCGAAUUUAACAUGCACGAGUAGGCCUACAUUGACACAUGGAUGGAUGUAGGUAACUCUUAGGAUAUAAAAAAGGACAACAAAAGGAUAAUGGAAGAAUUUUGUGACGGAGAUAAAAUCUGGGACACAGCCCUGACCUGGUCCAACAACACCUGGCCUGAGUUUACGCCAUGUUUCCAGUACACCAUUUUAACUUGGGUACCCUGCGCCUGGCUUUGGCUAUCAUCUCCAGUGUACAUCUAUUAUCUGUCAUCUACUCAGAAAGAUCCUCAGCCAAUCAAGUGGCUGUUCAGUGUCAAAGUGUUCUGUAGCUUAGUUAUAAUUUUAUUAGAGAUCUUGGAAAUUGCUGAAGUAUCAUACAGUGGGAAGUCAUUCACAGCAGAUUUAUUAUCUCCCAUAAUAUGGAUAUUAACAUUGUUCUUCUAUUUAUGCUUAGUUGUAUUGGAACAGAGCAGAGGAGUAAUCAGGUCACCAAUUAUUUUUUUCUUCUGGAUCCUGACAUCACUAGCUCAGCUUAUUCCAUUUUACUCUUCUUUUGUCACAGAGGUAUAUGAUGAAAAUAAAACAAAGUUUGCCAUAAUUGUUAUCAAGUAUGCUGCUACUAUUCUUGCUGUAUUUGCAAACUGUUUUGCAGACUUUAACAAAGACAAAUUUAAGGGCCACAACCCUGAACCAUAUGCAUCUAUCAUAUCCUGGCUGUCACUAAGUUGGGUGGACAAAUUAAUGAUCACUGGCUUCAAGUCUCCACUAAAAGAUGAAGAUGUAUUUGAGAUAAAUCCCAGGGAUCAAAGUCAAAAAUCAAUCGGCAAAUUAUUGAAAACAUGGAAUAAAGAAAAAUCUAAAGCCAAAAAAGAAAGAAAAAAACACAAGGACAGUCCAAAGGAGUACGAUGAGAAAAGCUAUCUGUUAGCAGCAUCACAGAGUCAUGUUUCAACUGGUGGGAACUCUCAAGUGUUGGAGGAUAAAUCUAGGGAGCCAAAAGUGUCUUUGUUUAAAGUUCUGCUCAAAUGUUACUGGCUGGAGGCUGUGAGUUGCCAGUGGGGCAUGGUGAUGUAUGUGCUCUCUAGUGUGGUAGUGCCAAUAAUAUUAGGGUGGCUUAUUGAUUUUACAGAAAAUCCAUCAGAGCCAAGUUGGCAUGGCUACAUUUAUGCUUUGGCUUUUAUUGGGGUCAAGAUCUUAUAUACUUCUUUUAGUGUGUUAUCCAAAUAUCUUACAAAUUGUUUUGCUCUGCGGGUGUGCAGUGCUAGCAUUGCAGCUGUGUUUAGAAAGGCAUUGAUCAUAAGUAGUGAAGCCAGGAAGGAAUCAACUGCUGGAGAAAUAGUCAAUUUAAUGUCUGUUGACUCUGGCCAUCUGGAGCAGAUGUUAAACUAUUCUUUUUGGAUGUGGGUCAGUUUGAUCUUUCUUGCGGUUGGAAUCUAUCUGCUGUAUACUGUUGUGGGAAUAGCAUUGCUGGCAGGUUUAGGAUUUGUAGUUAUCAUGUUUCUAGUCAACCUGUGGGUGAUGCAGAAGAUGAGAGAUUAUCAAGACAGUAUAAUGAUUGCUAAGGAUGAAAGAGUGAAAAUUAUCAAUGAAGUUUUGAAUGGCAUUAAGGUCAUUAAACUGUAUGGCUGGGAGCCAAUGUUUAUCAAGAAAAUACAAGAAAUUAGAGAUAAGGAAUUAAAAAUACUGCUCAAAUAUUGUAUAUUGGAUGGUGUGGAGUCAUUUGCUUGGCUGGUUUCUAUGUUCUGGAUGUUACAUUUAAUGCUGGUGACCUUUGUACUUAUUGAUGAGGACCACUAUUUGGAUGCAAACACAACCUUCUUAACAAUGAACUUUAUAGACAUUUUAAAGUUGGCCAUCAACAUCUUACCCAUUUUAGUCAAGGAUUGGGUCAAGGCUGGCACCUCAGUUAUGAGAAUGAACAAGUACCUCAACGCUGAAAAUAUUGCUACAGAAAACUUGCUUAGGGAUAAAACUGAUGUUUUAGCAGUGCGGAUACAAAAUGCUGACUUUGCUUGGGAAAGAAAUGGACCAGUUACACUUCAAAACAUUAAUCUGUCUGUAACACCUGGACAACUUGUGGCAAUCGUUGGUACAGUUGGAGCUGGGAAAUCAUCGCUUCUUAAUGCUCUACUUGGAGAAAUGCAUACUAAAAGGGGACGUUUUAAUCUCAAUUCAUCAGUUGCUUAUGUCCCACAAAUGGCUUGGAUUCAGAACAACAGCCUGAGAGAAAAUAUUCUGUUUGGUCAGUCCUACAAUGCUGAAACCUAUAAUCGUGUCAUAUCUGCCUGUGCUUUGUUGCCAGAUCUGGACAUAAUGCCAGCUAGAGAUCAAACAGAAAUUGGGGAAAAGGGCAUCAACUUGUCUGGUGGUCAGAAGCAGCGUGUCUCCCUGGCAAGAGCUGUCUACAGUAAGGCUGAUAUUUACUUGUUAGAUGACCCACUUAGUGCUGUAGACAGCCAUGUUGGGAAACAUAUCUUUGAUCAGGUCAUUGGCAAACAAGGCUUGCUAAGUGGCAAGACAAGACUGUUAGUUACACAUGGCAUCCAGUGGCUUCCCUUUGUUGACCACAUUGUGGUGAUGUCUGAUGGCCAGAUCUCAGAGUGUGGCACCUAUGAGGAAUUGCUGGGUCACAAUGGAGCAUUUGCUCAGUUCCUAACACAAUACUUGACCAAAGAGAUUGAUAAUGCAAAGAGUGACAAGGCUGAAUCAGAUCCUGAAAUAAAAUUAGACCUUUUGAAAAGGUUAGCCUCAGUUACAUCAGAUAAUGAUACAGUUAGUGACUCAAGUAAAGCAGAUCUUUUUCAUCUUCUGUCUAAUGAGAAAACAAAGUUUGCCCACAGCUAUGAAGCAAGACUAGAAGGAACGUCUUCCUUAAAAUUGAACUCGGGUUUGGAAGCUAGUCAGAGAUCAGAAAUCAGGGAUCACCAUUUGAUAGCUUCUAUUGACCAUCAUGUUGCCACUGACCAGAGUAAGUUAAUAACAGAAGAAGAAAUGGCCGGAGGAAAGGUGAACUGGGGAGUAUACUGGCAUUUGGUCAAAAGUGUUGGUGUUUAUCAAGCUACGUCCAUUAUUGUGCUGAUGUUGUGUUAUCAUGUGGUAUUCAACUAUACCAACAUCUGGCUGACUAAUUGGAAUGAUGACCCAGGGCUUGGUAACUUUACAGACAUGCCACGCAAUAGCUCGGACAGAGAAGACAGAAAUGUUUAUUAUAUUGGAGUGUAUACAGGCCUGGGUAUAGGACAAACCAUAUUUGUGGUGGGCUACUCCAUCCUGCUUCAAGUCAGCCACGUGGCCACAUCCAGAAAACUUCACAAUGAACUUUUGUUCAGCAUCAUUAAAGCACCAAUGAGCUUCUUUGACACCACGCCCAUGGGGAGGAUCCUAAACAGGUUCAGCCAGGACAUAGCCACACUGGACAAUGACGUCUUCCUAGAAGCUGAAAUUGCUUUAGACAAUGCUCUGCGAUGCGUAUCAACAGUCAUCAUCAUCAGCUAUACCAUGCCCAUCUUUCUGAGUGUGAUAAUCCCUGUCAUCAUCAUACUUUACUUUGUACAGCAACUGUAUAUCAGGACUUCCUGUCAACUUCGCCGCAUCACAUCAAAGAACAGGUCACCAGUCUAUGCUCAUUUCAGUGAGACCCUGUCAGGUGUGAGCGUCAUCAGAGCAUAUCAAGCUGAGGAAAGGUUUAUUGCAGACUCUCUCAGUAAAGUGGAUAACUUUCAGAAGGCUAAUGCUCUGUCCAGAGCUAUCAGCAAAUGGUUGGAAGCUCGCCUGGAAAUGUUGAACUUUUUAGUCAUUGCUGCAGCAACUAUAUUUGCUGUAGUCUCCAGGAAUGAUCUCUCUCCAGGCCUAGUUGGACUUGCUGUGACUUAUGCUAUAAGAGUUUCAACAGAAAUGAACGUUUUUACACUUUUAUUUGGUGAGUUGGAGAAUCAUAUUGUAUCUGUGGAGCGCAUUCGAGAGUAUUCUGCUGUCAACAGUGAGGCACCAUGGGAUCUACCUGAAAAUAGAAAGUUAAUAACUGACCAGUGGCCAAAUGAAGGAAGCAUCAAGUUUGUCAACUACAGUACAAGAUACAGAGAUGGCUUGGAUUUGGUUUUAAAAAAUUUAAACUGUGAAAUCAAAGGAGGGGAGAAGAUUGGUGUGGUGGGCAGAACUGGAGCAGGUAAAUCAUCAAUGGUUCUGUCGUUGUUUCGUCUAAUUGAGGCAACUGGAGGUGAAAUUCUCAUCGAUGAUGUAGAUAUUUCUAAACUUGGCCUGCAUGCACUCAGAAGGAAGAUCACUAUUUUACCUCAGGAUCCAGUCUUGUUUGCUGGUAGUCUGCGCAUAAAUUUGGAUCCGUUUGAAGAGAAAAGUGAAAAUGAGCUAUGGACAGCUCUGGAGCACGCUCACUUAAAGACCUACGUGGAGAGUUUACCUCAGCGGCUGGAGCAUGAAGUUGGAGAAGGGGGAGAGAAUCUCAGCAUGGGACAAAGACAGUUGGUUUGUCUGGCUAGAACUCUUCUCAGAAAGACUAAAAUUCUGAUCCUCGAUGAAGCAACAGCAGCAGUUGAUAUGGAAACAGAUGAGUUGAUCCAGAAGACAAUCCGAGCAGAGUUCAGUGAAUGUACUAUCCUGACUAUUGCCCACAGACUCAAUACUGUUUUAGACUAUGACAGGAUUAUGGUUCUAGAUAAAGGAACAGUAUCAGAGUUUGACAGUCCAAAAUCUCUCUUGUCUAAACCUGAUUCCAUGUUUUAUGCCAUGGCCUCUCAAGCAGGACUCGUGUAGUCACUCUAGGUGUUUACAUUUUGAAUGUAUUUAUUUUGUCUAAACUACAUUCAGCAUGUUCCAUUCCUACAACUGUUUACAAAACUUUCCAAACCAAUGUAGAACUUAUGAUGACCUAUCUAAGAUCUGAUUCUUAAACGACAUGAUAUUAACUUGAUAAGGUUAUGAUCACAUUGUAUAGGAACUAAUGAACAUGCAAAAGUAAUAAUAGUAUAUAGAAUCUACAGUAUUAUGUGAUGUACUAUGUACAUGAACACUAUAAUUAAUUUCAAAAUCAAGAAAAAUGUCUGAAUCAUUAUAAGAAAUAAAUGUGGCAGGCAUAAAUUAAAAAUAAAACACAGAACAUAUUGUUGAGAAUUAAAUGUUCUUUCACUUUUACACCAGCAUUGUUUUAUCUUUUACUUCAUUUUUUUUGUAUUGACGUUUUUAUUUGAUUGGAUUGUUCAUGCAUGUAAUAUUUGAGAUUUAUUUUGUAUGAUCUGAAUUUUCGCAGGUGUCUAUUUCAUUGAA